UGGCACAGAGACCGCUGCCCUCGCCUUCCAGAUCCGCGGGGCCCUGAACGCAGUCCGGAGCCUCGUUGAGGAAAGCCGUGCUGGAGGGGAGCUGCCCCGGGCUGUCGUGACGCACAGCAGUGGGAAUCACGGGCAGGCGCUCGCCUGUGCUGCCCAGGUGGAAGGGAUUCCUGCCUACAUCGUGGUGCCCCGGACAGCCCCACACUGUAAGCAAGCCGCCAUCCGCACCUACGGUGCCACGCUGGUGCCAUGUGAGCCCAGCGACAAGUCCAGAGCAGAGACAGCAUCUCGUGUAGUCCAGGAGACAGGAGGAGUCAUGGUGCACCCCAACCAGGAGCCAGCGGUGAUAGCGGGGCAAGGCACAAUUGCCCUGGAGGUGCUGGACCAGGCACCCGAGGUAAACGCAGUGGUGGUUCCUGUCGGAGGCGGAGGAAUGAUUGCAGGAAUAGCAGUUGCCAUCAAGGCUUUGAGACCAGAUGUGAAGGUGUUUGCUGCUGAGCCACGCAACGCAGAUGACUGUUACCAGUCCAAGCUAAGAGGGGAACUGACCCCCAACCUUCACCCACCAGAUACCAUCGCAGAUGCAGUUAAAACCAGCAUCGGACCAAACACAUGGCCCAUCAUCAGGGACUUGGUUGAUGACGUCCUGACUGUCUCAGAGGAAGAAAUCAAGCGAGCCACACGGCUGGUGUGGGAAAGGAUGAAGCUGCUGAUUGAGCCAACAGCGGGUGUGGGAGUGGCGGCCGUGCUCUCGGAGAAGUUCCAGGCAGUCCCCCGGGAUGUGGAGAACGUUUGCAUCGUGCUGUGCGGGGGAAAUGUGGACCUGAGCUCCCUGACCUGGCUCGCAGACCUCCCUGGGAAAGCGGAAUGAGAACGGAACGGUGUCUCAAGCAAUAGAAAUCUCACUCUGAAUUUGUACAGUCUGGUUUGUUGCUACUAAAACCAGAGGAACAACCCCAA